AUGUAUGAAACUAUACCCACAAGAGGCGAUAUUUACUUGACGUUAUAUUUGAGAUCUUUAACCUCAAGUAGAAAUUUUCCAUCAAAGUUGCCAGAUGUCGGGUUUGGCUAUGAUGUGGACCACAACGGAUAUCUAAACAGGGACGAUUUUCUGUGUACUGCCCUGAGAUCAACGGUCAGGGCAGGUCUUGGUUCGGUCUCGUUAUCCUCCCUGCAGGAUGAGCAGAGGCUGAUGCUCAGUCUUUGGGAAGAAAUUGCCGACAUAGCGGAUCUCAACCAAGAUGGUAUUAUAACAGUUGAAGAAUUCAAACAAGCAGUACAAGCCACAUGUGUUGGUAAACAUUAUGAAGAAUUUCCACAGUCAAUGAAGGCAUUCAUCGAGUCCAAUUUCCGAGUAGUUGACCUGAAUGGCGAUGGUGUGAUAUCGGCUGACGAGUUUAGAUACGAUUGUGUUUUAAGAAUACCUGUUCUAGAAUUAGAUUCUAUAGAUGAAGCAUAUAACAACUUACUAGAAGAUGCCGAUAGAGUAAGAGGUGGUCUAACAUUAUCACGUUAUCAAGAGUUGUAUGCCAGAUUCAUUGGAGAUUAUUCAAAUGAAGCCCAAAACAGUUCUGUGUAUUUAUUUGGCCCAAUACCAGUUAUGGAAGACAAGAACAAAAACAAAAUCAAU